UUCCAUAACAUCUGUUCAUUGGCUACCGCACACCAACUAGUUCUGCCUCUUCACGUGACACUGGAUAAAUGCCCGCCCGGCCGCAUCUUUGGCAGCAGACAAUCACAGACUCUGGCUGGGAAAGUCGUAUUGGCUGGUUCGUUGAUAGACAGGAUGCGAUCUAGUUUCAGAACAACCUUAACCGGCGAAAUCGUGUUUGUUUCAACCGAGAGUUUGUAAUAGUACUGCUUUUCAAAAAUAUAACUGCCUUACACAGAGAGAUUGACGCUUGCACAAAUAUUUUUUUACAACUUCUUUAUCCUAAUACAAUGACCGGAGUUUUUGACAGCCUUGCGACAGAUAUGCAUUCGAACCAGAUUACCUCGAACAAUUACCACAGCUUGCACAAAUCGCAGGAAUCUCCAACUUUGCCAGUAUCGACAGCGACGGACAGCAGCUACUACAACAACCAACAGUCUGGACACUGUACGGGGUCUCCCUAUGGACAGCUCGGUCCUUAUCAGUACCACACAGGUGGUAUUACCAAUGUUCAGUACAAUACCAAACCUUACGACCUCGGUUUCAAUACUCCUUAUGGCACAUAUGGCUCUUAUCCUUUAAGCUCGUCGCCAACCCCCGCGGACGCAGAGAAAGAAGAAAGUGAACCUGAAAUCCGUAUGGUCAACGGCAAGCCAAAGAAAGUUAGGAAACCUCGAACAAUUUACUCCAGCUUUCAACUGGCGGCUCUUCAGAGACGGUUCCAAAAGACGCAGUACCUGGCUUUACCCGAAAGAGCCGAGCUGGCGGCCUCACUGGGCCUCACACAAACCCAGGUGAAAAUAUGGUUUCAGAACCGUCGUUCAAAGUUCAAGAAGUUAUGGAAAAGUGGAGAAAUUCCUCCGGAGCAACAUGUGGCCUCCAGCGAGUCACCCCCGUGCAACUCUCCACCAGCGACAACCGCCUGGGACUUUCCUCAGAAUCAAAGAAUGAAUACCGUAAACGCUAGCUUGGCUCAAAGCAACAGCCCUCCUAAUACAACUACCCCUUCGUUUUUAGCUAAUUAUUCUUGGUAUUCGUCCACGAACUCUGCAACGCAUCUACAGCCUAGCCCGCUUCUACAACACAAUCACAGCUCUGCCAUGAGCGCGGGACCAAUAUUUUAACCCUGGUCACACUUUAAGAAAGAGUGCUAGAAAAUAGCAUAUAACUGAACUUUUUUCACGAGGACGUGAAAUAUGUAAGCAAAUGCUUUGGGGACAGCCUAAACUGAGAACGUGCAGCUGCGAUAAACGUGAUGUACCUGACAGUUUCCAGCCUAAUUCUGAUCUGCCAUUUUAUGUAGGCUAUAGAUUGUAUGCAGGUGGCAUAGUAACGUGUUCCGGAAGAAUCGACACAUGUUAAAUUAUUUUUUGGUAUUUAUUUAUUUGUUUAGAGGAUGCAAAUAUGAACAGAAAUACAGUUUUAAAUACCACUGGUAUCCAAAGGAACAAGAGUGUUUUAAUUCACAAAUUUUUUCUUGACAUGUCUGCAGGCAAUUUGUUUUAUCGAAGAACUGUAUCAAUAAAGAUGUAGCACACUUUGAAGCUGUAUUGGUGCCUUUUGGAAAUGACCUCAAUUUUGUUUAUUCUAAACGUUUUAAAUGUAUCAGAAGUUUUCACAAACUAGGCCUAUAGGCUAUAUUUGUUUAGACUUGUUCUGUAUAUAAGGUAAAUUGUGCAGAUUAGAUUUCUUUUGUAUAGAAUGAGAAUUUUUCCUUUAAAAAAAAAAAACCCCCCA